GCUAAUGCAUUGAAAUGUGUUAUGUCUUUUAAAGACAAAUCUAGGAAUACGUUUCUCUAUUUACCAAGAUGUAUGGUAUUAAGAUGGUAUAAUUAAGUACUGUGUAUAUUUUUAAGAUGGUAUAAUUAAGUACUGUGUAUAUUUUAUGGACAGUCUAAUAAUGUUACAACAAAAUAAGUUGUCUUGAUAAGUUUCUCUUAAAAUACAAUCUUGAUGUAACUUUAUUAUUGUCUUCAGAAUGCUCUUCUUUUCAAAUUUGUGCAUUAGAGUUUGUUAUAUUUUCGUAACUUUGGGCUUGAAAUUCUGUGGUGUGCCUUUAAAUAUUCAUGUACAUGCCAAAAUACUUAGAUUCUAAUCUUCAACUUAUGGGGAUUAUUGAAUACGGCCUCAGAUCCAUUGAUCAACAUAAAAAAAGUUCAAAAUAACCAAGUGUAAAAGUAAGAUGCAUUCUGGUGACAUGAUGGAAUGGUUUGUGUGGCAUUAACAUGUUGUGUGGUGUUGCAGGCGGUGGAGGGGGCGGUGGAGGUGGGGGUUGGGGCGGUGACAGGGAGCUACAGGAGACCCCAGACACGGUCUUUGUAUCCGGCCUCUCACAGGACAUUGUUGAGGAAGACCUCAUAGCACUCUUUGGCAGUAUUGGAAUCAUCAAGAUUGACAAGAAGACCAAUAAACCCAAGCUGUGGAUCUACAAGGACAAGAACACCGGGCUGCCGAAGGGUGAGGCCACCGUCACCUACGACGACCCUGAGACUGCAAAGGCUGCAAUCAACUGGUUCAAUGAUAAAGAUUUCCAAGGGAACAUAAUCAAGGUACAGAUUGCCCAGCGAAAGGUGAACACCCAGUUUAGUGGAGGUAGGGGCGGGGGUCGUGGAGCACCCAGGGGUGGCGGCGGUGGUGGCGGUGGACGUGGAGGUGGUGGUGGUGGUGAUAGAGGUGCAGCCAGACAGGGAGAUUGGAUGUGCCCCAACGAGACAUGCGGAAACAACAACUUUGGCUGGAGGAACGCCUGCAACCUCUGUAACACAUCCAAACCUGGUAGUGACGGCGGAGAUGAUAGUGGAGAUUUUGGUGGAGGUUACGGCGGUCGAGGAGGUAGAGGUGGGUUUGGAGGUCGAGGUGGCGGCGGACGUGGUGGAGGCGGUGGAUACGGUGGAGACAGAGAUAGGGGUGGCCGGGGUGGUCGUGGAGGUGGAGGUGGUGGCCGCGGUGGAGGCGGUUACGGUGGUGGUGGUGGUGGUGGCCGUGGUGGUGGCGGAUACGGUGGUGGCCGCGGUGGCGACAGGGGAGGUCGUGAUGAUAGACGAUCAAGGCCAUACUAGGCAUAAAUACAGUCAUAUUUCCACCCAUCACAGUCAACAUGGCUGCUCUACGAGCUCUCCACUCCUGCUCAAAGUGCCGACAUCAGACAGUUUUAAACAGAAACCACUGUGCUUUUACUUAAACAUAAACUUGGGUCAUGAUAGCCUAACAAUCACUUUUACAGCAAUGGACAUAUGUGUUAUUUUUAUUAAAACAUGAACAAUUUGUAAGCGAUAUAUUUGUCAUACAGAAAAGGUGUCAAGUCCUGAUUAAGGAUAGACUAAGUUAGCUUGUGUGUAGUAUUCAUUGGUUUUGCCAAUGGAAAUAUCUGUCUGAUAUUUUGUAGCAUUGUCUUUAAACAUCAUCCUUGUGUUUUGUCUCUCAUUUGUUUCCAUUUUAAAUCAUGUUUUCAUGUAACAUCCUCUUGUAUACAUUUUAGAUGUUGUAAAUAUUUGGCGAAUAAAUCUUGUCAAUUA